AAGAAGAGUCCGGAAGUUACUCUGCUGUGUUUGUCCGCCUACUGGAAACGGUGAGGUGUGUUGAAGCGAGUGCUUGUUGUCAGCGUUACCCCAGCGGGAAGAUUAUUUUAUGAGGGAGCCUUCCUCAGUGUCAGCUGAACAGCUGUAGCUCUUCAGGAUAACAACAUGGCACGUACAGAGGGGCCCUUGCCUCCAUCAUCGCUGAGGCUCUUGGUUCCACCACUGCGGGUGAUGUCGGCUGUGAUGUGGAAGGUGGUUCAUCUGAAAAUCGUCAAGCAAUAUGGGAAAGUGGAGGAAUUUGUGUCCUUGGUAUCUGAAGCCAUUCCCGACAUCUUAACAAGCCAUCAGGUGACACUGCUCACUGUGGGGUUGAGGGCAAAGAUGAUAUUGCAAAUGUUAAACUCUGAGGAUCUCGGAGGCAUUAAAACACACUUGGGUUGCCUGCUGCAAACUCGCUCACGACAGGUCUAUCCAGAAGGUAACCCUCUUGAAGCCAACAUUGUCACAUUUGUUCAGAGACUCCUGGACGACUCAGAAGGGAGAGAACACUUCCUCAAAAAUGUGUUUCCUGUGGCGUAUGGGCCCGACUUUGACACAGCACUGGAAAAGCUUCUCUGUGACUUCUUCUCCAAACUGGAAGAGCUGCUGCCAGUACCAGACUUUAAACAGGCUGCUUUGUGGAUCAGUGAUACACCAGCUGAGGUAGAGGAGUACAUGCACUGUGUAACUGAAGCUGAUGACAUCAAAGUAUUGCUCAGAACCAGGCCUCGCAAUAGUGAAAUGGCCAAGAUAGAUUCGAGUGUGCCAUCUCCCUCAGAGCAGCGGCUUUUCUCCUCGUUGUCGCUCCCCGUCUCCCUGAUAGACAACAGCGCCAAAGAUGCUGAUCAAUUGCUAAGCUCAAAUGCACCAACUUUCGAAAACCAAAGAGUGUCUGAAGCAGCUGCCUUUCAAGAGCCCAGAGAUGGUGACAUGUGGGAUACAAGAUGGCCACAUGAGGAAGAGUCUCACAGCGCAGAACAAGAGGCGGGAGGAAAAGACACCGACAGCAUUCCUGACACACAUGUUGUGGAGGAGUGCGGUGACCAAGCUACAACGACUCUCCAAGCUCCCUCUUCAUCUGCUGAGAGUCAUGUGGUAUCCAGCUCUGUGAUCGGCCCUCUCAGACAGAGAGUUGCACAGAAAUGCACUCAGUGUGGGAAGUGCUUCAUUUACAAGUAUGAACUCCUGGAGCAUCAGCGGCUGCACACCGGAGAAAACCCUUACAAGUGCUCUCAGUGUGGGAAAGCUUUUCGGCGGAGCUCUGAUCUAUCAAGUCACAGGCGGACACAGUGCAGAAAAGCAGCGUACAUUUGCAUCAAAUGCGGGAAAAGCUUUCAGUCUAUGCAGGAAAAAUGUAGACACCAGUGUGUUCAUAGCAUCCACAAAUUUGACUGUCCUUACUGUGGGAAAAGUUUUAAGAAAAUGUACCUGCUGGCUAAGCACAAGCUGACUCACAACCAGAACCGCAUUUUCACAUGCAGACAGUGCGGGGAGGUAUACCCGGGUAUAAGCGAGCUAAGAUCACAUCAAAAGAUCCAUCCUCCUCAGCUGUCCAAUCAGUGCCAGCAGUGCGGGAAGUUUUUCAGCUCGGCUGCGUGUUUGACUGCUCACCAGCUGCGCCACACACAGCAGAGGACACAGAUUUGCACACGCUGCGGCAAAGCCUUCAAGAGCAAGCAUGAUCUGAACCUUCACAUGCGCAGUCAUACAGGCGAGAGGCCCUUUCAGUGCACCUACUGCGAGAAGCGUUUCUCCGUGUCAGGAAACUUGAACGUACACGUAAGGAUUCACACAGGAGAGAAACCGUACCUGUGCUCCGACUGUGGCAAGGCUUUCAUUUCUGCCGGAGAGCUGCAGAUACACAGGCGCACCCACACGGGGGAAAAGCCAUACAAGUGCUCGGUGUGCGGGAGAGGAUUCACCAGGGCGAGCAAAGUGACGCUCCACAUGCGUGUUCACACUGGGGAACGCCCCUACGAGUGCUCUGAAUGCGGGAAAGGCUUUUCACGUGGUAGCGAACUGAAAAAACACACAAUGAACCAUGCAGGAGUCCGGCCCUACGCCUGUCAGCUGUGUGCAAAAACGUACACGUGCCUCAGUCACCUGAAAAGACACUUAAAAUCUCACAGUGUAGUCCAGUCUCAGACCCUCUGAUUCUACUGACUAUCAAAUGGUGUUUUGCUAUUGAUGAGGUCUUUUGCCAUUGAUGAGGUCUUUGUGCAGUGACACUGUACACACUGUUGCUGACUUCAUGCACUGCAUCAUAGGAUUUGGACUUUGUUUUCUUCUUUUCUUUUAGAGACUCCUUCCUUAUCCUCCAUUUAAAAUGUCACUCUCAAGUGCAGCUUCUGGUCCUGACAUAGAUGUUUUGUUUGUUGUGUUGUUUUUGUUUUAUUUGUUUUCUGAUAUCCUAAAAUGUGAUUUUGAAAUCAUCCAAGAAAACUGUGUCCUUCUGCGUUUAUUAGUGCCUGUAUUAUUAUUAUUAUUAUUAUUUUUCCUUCUAUGAGGUAACACUGACUGGAGUAGUAUUAUUUACUAGUGACACUGUUCAAUAUUGUAAACACAGAAUAAACUAGAUAAUUGCCA